UGUGUCUGAUUUUCUACGGAGAUUUAUUGCAAAUCGUUUCCUAUUCCAAUUCUCGAACGGUCCUCAGAAGUCCAUUCUUCACGCCAUUGUUGAGGUCGUCAGUUCAUCUUCUCGGCGUUCGGAGGGGCAGUGAAGGCGAUUCUUUUUCUGUUGGCGACCAAGGCCCGGCGUUGUGUAGAUUGUUGGAGCCGCCGACGGUAUCUUCUUCGCGGACGUUGGACCAGUGCAUGCCACCGGUGGUGUCACAUUGGCAGUUGUAGAGUGCGAUAAUGGCGGAUGACGGUGGUUGCAGUCGGCGAUCGAGGCUGUCCGGUCUAGACUCGGCGGUGGCGAGUCGAGAUGAUGGGGUUCAAUUAAAUGUUGGGGUAUCGAACGGUGCGUUUGUUCCGCCAAAAUAUGGUGGCACAAUAAUUAACAUUGUAUCAAGAGACACAAGGACUCAUGAGCAGCAAGCUGAAGCAUUAGAUGAUGUCAAAAACACUGUGCUGGCUAUUGUCUUAAAAGUUGUUAUAGGGUAUGAACAUCUUCACUUAUAAUAGUUGUUAUAAGUGCCUGUGCGCGAUAUUUGUCUAGUUGUUAACUAGUACUUUAGUUCUGGGUCAUUGUUGAAUUUUCAUAAUUACUUUGUUGUUACAUUUUUAUUCUUAUUCAACUUCAACUA